AUUCGGUCCUGUCCGUUUUAAGGAAGUAAACGACCGGAUGGGAAGGAGUGACUUUUAAUUAUAUUGCUGGUUUGUCAUUUUAUUAAUGUUAAGUGUAUACCCUUUAUUUCUCAUAUAUGCUGUGGCUGAGUUUUUGGUACACCAUUAGAGGUGUCAAGAGUCCUUAUGGAUUUCAACUCUACUUACUAAUACAGGAUUCCAGAUAAAUGUACAAAAAUCCUUUUUGACUCCAUAACACAGGAUUGUUUCUGGGCUACCAUCUAGGCACCGCUCAUUCAAAGGUAUUUCUUAUACAGGAGCUUUUUCAAAAAGGAUUACAGUGUUUAUGUAGAUAUAGAAGAUUUAUAGGACAAGUGCCUUCUUGGAUUCUGCUCAUAGUAUGGCUGAAGAUGUGGAAAAAGUACCUCUUCGUCUGCUUGAACUAGCCAUCCAGAAGUUCAUCAAAGUGGCAAUCCCAAUUGACCUUGAGCGGCUGAAGAAACACCAGGUUAAUAUAGAGAAGUAUCAGCGAUGCAGACAGUGGGAUAGACUACAUCAAGAACAUAUCAAUGCUGGCCGCACUGUGCAGCAAUUGCGAGCUAAUAUGCGUGAGAUGGAGAACUUGUGCCAACGAGUGCAGAAAGAAGAUCUCAUUGCUCUGGAGAAAAUGAUUAAUCCAGUAAAAGAACAGGCCUUGGCAGCAGUAGCACAGAUUCUAAAAUUGCGAUCUGACUCAGAUGAACAACUCCAGAAACGGCAUCUCAUUCAGCAGGAGGACUUGGAACAUCUGUCAGUGCCUAGAUCAUUGACUACAGAAGAGCCAUUUUGCAGUUCUGGAGUACUUUCUCAGGUACAUUUACCCUUGCCUCUUAUUCCUCAAGAUGAAGACGCUGCUGAAUCUUGGGACUGUUUAGAGGAGGAUUUGAUUGGCCUGAGCAGUUUGGUACAUGAAUUUUCUCAGAUGGUCCAUUCUCAACAGGAGAAGAUUGACAGCAUUGAAGACCAUGUCAGCACUGCUGCUGUGAACGUGGAAGAGGGAACCAAAAACCUGGGGAAGGCUUCAAAGUACAAGCUGGCUGUUCUGCCUGUGGCAGGUGCACUCAUUGGUGGAGUGGUAGGGGGUCCCAUAGGCCUGCUGGCAGGCUUUAAAGUGGCAGGGGUUGCAGCUGCAGUUGGAGGAGGAGUGUUGGGCUACACAGGUGGAAAGCUGAUUCAGAAGAAGAAAAGGGAAACAAUUGACCAGGACUUAAAACAGCUGUCUUCAAGCUGUCCGGAUCUGAAAAGCCCAACUGUUAAGAAUACCAGUUAGGAAACAAAUCUUCAGCCAUUGGUCUUGAUGGCUUCAAAGGACAGUAAGGUGGCACAUUUGACAGAGAAUGAUGUUUUAUACAUACCUCUGUAUAAGAAAAGACUAGCAGAACAUAAGUCCUACAUUGCUUUAUGAAGUUUUUUUUUGUUACUACAUCAAUCAAUGCACUAUACUGAAAACAAGGCUGUAAAUUCAUGAUGACAAUGAUGCAGUGUUUGAAAUGAAAACUGAAUUAUGACAUUUAGCUGUUGAUAAUCUGUACAAGACAUAUGUAGUUAUAUCUGUCCAGUGCCAUGUGCUGAUGGCAAAAUGAACACUACAGUAUAUUCUAGUUUUCAUGUUACCUGAACUUAGUACAUCAGUUAACUGUUUCAAUCAGUAAGGUUUUCCUUGUAGAGCAGAUACUUCUGUGCUAAACUGAUUUCAGAGGUUUGUGCAACUAUUCAGAAGUCUCAUAAAAAUGCUACCAAACUGUGGAUAUCAUUUAUGUAGUGUCAGAUACAGUGUUGAAAACAAUAUACAUACAGAUGUUCAGAACCUGCAUACAAGUAAUGCCAAGUCCUGUAAUCACUGGGCACCUGUUUGUUCUUAUGAUGCUUAAUAUGGUUAUGCAAAUCAAACCUCAUUUUAUGAAAAUAGAAUAAACCAUCAUAUUUCAGUCUGAAAACUCCCAAAACAAUAUAAAUAAAAUGCAGGUAUUUAGACAGGCACAAUGUAUUUGCAAGGAAAGUGAAAUGGUAAUAUGCACUUUUGCACUGUAUGUUUGUGUACCUGAAACUGCAUUUUUAUUUCAUAAGAAUUUUUUAAAAAAACAUUUUAAUUAGACUUUUGUGUAUAAUUCUGAUGUACUUCUUGCAAAGUUGUGGUUGAAAUACAAAUAAAAUAAAAUCUGGUACAUUUAAA